AUGGCCACACCACCAAGGAGCCUCGGCAAGAAGAAGAGCGGUCACAAUUUGAACAGCAAUUCACGCAACAUGAUCUUCCACUGCUACACGUACUGGCGCAACAGGGAGCCUGAACGCAGCGUGGAGGACAUGAGCAAGUUUGUCGACGACAUGCUCGGUGUCGGCGAAAAGACUGUGUUCAGGAUCGGCUUCAAGCAUGAAAAGAGAAGCCGCAACUCGCUGCUUAGCGACCGGAAUGACAUCACCGAUUGGCGGAAUCGCUACCUCCGUGACGUGGAGCGUUACCGGGCGGAAGGCCGAAAGAUCUUCUACCUGGACGAGACAUGGGUGACAGCGGGACACACUCGGUCGAUUGUGUGGACAGACACCGUGGUGCAGAAGCGCGGACGCCUGUUCGCUCCGAGCAAAUGGCCUGACGACGGGUCUAAACCUUCUGGGAAAGCUCAGCGCCUGAUCGUGACGCACAUUGGCAGCGAGGAUGGCUUGGUCGACGGCUGCUUGGAUGUAUUCCGAGGCCAAAAGACAGGCGACUACCACGAGGAAAUGGACGGCAAUCGCUUUGAGGGCUGGUUCAAAGACGUUCUGCAGAAGUUGCCAGCUGGUAGCGUCAUUGUUUUAGAAAAUGUACCUUACCAUAGCCGGCGAGGAGAGAAAUUGCCGAUGACGGCCUGGAAGAAGGAAGAGAUACAGGAGUGGCUCACAAGCAAGAAAAUCACCUACGGUAACAGGAUGAUAAAGAAGCAGCUGCUUGAGCUGGUGGCAUCUGUGAAGUCACGCUUUCUGAGCUACAUCGUAGACGACACAGCUGCAAGGGCCGGUCGCAUUGUACUCAGGCGCCCGCCGUACCACUGCGAAUUUAAUCCCAUUGAGCUUGUGUGGGCCAAGGUCAAAAAUGGCGUCGCUGCGGACAACAGAGACUUCAAGCUGUCCACGGUCGACGCCAUCCUGAGAUAUAAAAUAAAGCAGGUAACGGCGGGAGGCUGGAGGAAGAGCAUUCAGCACGUGAUGGACUUGGAGGCAAAGUUCAGACUAGACACGUCUGGGAGUGAGCACAUUCAACCCAUCAUCAUCCAGCUGGGUGAAGAUGACACCGAAGAAAGCGACGACGACUGCGAGCUGUGUGGUAUUGAGCCGAUCGACGAAGCAUAG